CACACCUUCACAGGGUUUGAUGGUGGAGAUCCCACAAUCACCAUUACUUCAUUGUCUCAUCCCAUUCCAAUUCAAUCUCUCUCUCUCUCUGGAAAAAUAUCUUUGCUGCAACCCUCAUGUCUGCCACUUUCACUGCUUUCCAUUUCCCUCAACUUACUCCUUCAUCUUGUCAUGGUUUUUUGUUGUCCCUCCAUGAUCAUCAUUCUUGUACAAACAAAAUGGGAAGUUUUGGCUUCGCCUUUUUUCUACUUGUUUUCCUUUCUUAGUGACCUAUUAGCGGCUCAAGCUCGUGCAUUCACUACUUUAAUCAUUUCAGGGGCAAAUUGAGUGAGAGAUAUCAUAAAAGGGAGACCAACCCUGUGUCCUCCUUCGGCCUCAUCACAAGUUUUCUAUAUAUAACCAUUCCUUCAGAGACUUUUUUUUAACACUGCUCGGAAGUUUAACACAGAGCCUCCCUUGUAAAUGAGUCAAAAUGAUGUCGUUUUCCUGUACGAAAAACUUCUUCCAACGGUUCUGCAUCGAUGAAUUUCACAUGGGCAGUGAUAUUCAUGGCAGUUGUUUCUCCAGUGGUCUCCUUCCAUCACUUGGCGCCAGAAUUAACCAUUCGACAAAGCUACGUGCACACAUAAUAUCCCCUUUCAACCCUCAUUAUAGGUCUUGGGAGAUAUGGCUGGUUGUGCUUGUCAUUUACUCUGCCUGGGUUUGUCCAUUCGAGUUUGCAUUCCUAUCGUACAAGACCGAUGAACUUCACAUUGUUGACAACAUUGUCAAUGGAUUCUUUGCUGUUGACAUCGUUCUCACUUUCUUUGUUGCAUAUCUCGAUAACCACACUUAUCUCCUUGUUGAUGACCCCAAGAAGAUUGCCAUCAGGUACAUAUCAACCUGGUUCGCUUUAGAUGUCUGUUCCACUGCCCCAUUUCAGUCUCUCAGCCUCAUGUUCACAGACCAUGGCAGUGAACUCGGGCUCAGGCUACUCAACAUGCUCAGACUCUGGCGUCUGAGACGAGUUAGCUCCCUGUUUGCAAGACUCGAGAAAGACAUUCGGUUCAACUACUUCUGGACUCGGUGCACCAAGCUCGUAUCGGUGACCCUGUUUGCAGUACAUUGUGCUGGAUGCUUUAACUAUCUGAUUGCAGAUAGAUACCCUGAUCCUUCAAGAACAUGGAUUGGUGCAGUGUACCCAAAUUUCAAACAGCACAGUCUGUGGGAUAGAUAUGUAACUUCAAUUUACUGGUCCAUUACAACGCUCACCACAACUGGUUAUGGGGACUUACAUGCUGAGAAUCCAAGAGAGAUGCUGUUUUAUAUCUUUUACAUGUUCUUUAAUUUGGGAUUAACAGCUUACCUCAUUGGGAACAUGACUAACCUGGUAGUUCACUGGACAAGCCGGACCCGUAAUUUUAGGGAUACAGUUAGAGCCGCUUCAGAAUUUGUGACACGAAAUCAGUUGCCACCCCACAUACAAGAUCAAAUGUUGUCACGCAUAUGCUUACGCUUUAAAACAGAAGGACUGAAGCAGCAAGAUACCUUAAAUAGUUUACCGAAAGCCAUUCGGUCAAGCAUCGCGCAGCAUCUCUUCCUCCACAUUGUACAGAAAGCCCAUCUCUUCCAAGGAGUUUCUCAUGACUUCCUAUCUCAGUUGGUUUCGGAAAUGGAUGCGGAGUAUUUUCCACCCAAAGAAGAUGUCAUUCUGCAGAACGAAGCCCCAACAGAUCUCUAUAUACUGGUCUCAGGAGCAGUUAUUUUAAUCUCACAUGAUGAUGGACAUGAUCAGAUUAUGGAAAAGGUGGCUACAGGGGAUAUGUUUGGAGAGGUUGGAGUUCUGUGUUAUAGGCCACAGCCAUACACAGCUAGGACAACUGAGCUUUGUCAAAUACUACGAAUGAACGCUACUUCUCUAAUGAACAUCAUCAAAGUGAAUACGGAAGAUGGAAGUGUUAUUAUGCGUAACCUUUGCAUGAAACUAAAUGGGCGACACAGCAGCAGCUUUGACCAGUCCAGCCUAGAUCCUGGGCUUGGACAAGGAGCAAUGGGAAGAGGACCAAGUGUGAACAAACCAGAUGCAAGAGCAAGGACGCCAAAAGCAUUGUCAGAGCACGAGGGAAACAACAAAAAAAUAGAUGAACAUAGAAUAGAAAUCAUUGGGCCAAAAACAGCAGAUGACCCCAAGAACAGUAAAAAAAAGCAUAGAAUCUGGGCCCAAAAUUUCUUCAAUUCACCCAGUUAUAGGGAGCUAACAAUACCUACCAAGAAAAGAGUUACUAUUCACAUGCAGUUAAAGAGCAGCAGUACAUCAUGUAGGCAACUUGGAAAGCUGAUACUCCUACCUGAAUCAAUACAAGAGCUGCUCAAAAUAGCUGGUGAAAAGUUCGGAGGCAUCGCAUUUACAAAAGUCAUUAAUGCAGAGAAUGCAGAAAUUGAUGAUAUACAUGUCAUUCGAGAUGGUGAUGAUCUGUUUCUCCUUCAAAAUGAGGGUGAAAAUGUAAUAUUGUGAACUGAUGAUAAUAAAAAAGAUGAUCUCGGUUCUUGAACCACUGCAGACAGUAUGUAACCUCGAGGCAACGAUAAUGAUAAUGAAAUGGUAACAAAUAUAUAACAGUAUCAGUUGAUUUGGAGGAGGAAUUGUGGUGACAUCAUCUAAAGAAGUGUAUCCUCCAGAUUCUACCUUUGUUUAUUUCUCAAAUGCCUCAAAGAUCUGCCAGCCCCAUUCUCGAUAUCUGCAAUGCAUGAUAUUAGAAAGGAGAAAAAA